UCAUCUCUUUGCUUGUAAACAACCAUUACUAAGCAAAAUCCUGGCGUUUUUAAGGCAUUGUUUUGGAAAUUCAAAAUACGAUUUUACUUUAUCGGCGUACAUUAUUUUUGCAGUAUAAAUACCGAAGCCGAUCUCAUGAGACCUCACAAAAUUCAUUCUUUGUUAACGAAACUGUUGCAUUUCGGUGGCUUAGCAAGUUGUUGUUUGACUUCUUCACAAGCACUCGAAGUACCUCUUUCACCGUUUGCUUACCAUUCAGCCGCUGUACACUCAAUUUCAUCGUGCCCAGAUCUAAAAAGCUUUUCUAACAAAGUAAUUACAAUGUCUCGCACUGUGAAUUUAAGUUUUGAAAGUAAAGAGCAAGAUGAAGGUGUAGGGGCUAGAGUUAGACGAAGCAUUGGACGUUCAGAGCUUCGCAACUUCGAUCCUUUCCUGAUGCUUGAUGAAUUUAGUGGUAAAUACCCAGCUGGCUUUCCAGACCACCCUCACAGAGGGUUUGAAACAGUAACUUAUAUGUUAAAGGGUGAAACCAAUCAUCAAGACUUCCUUGGCCACAAAGGCAAAAUACAAGCUGGAGACCUACAGUGGAUGACUGCAGGCAGAGGAAUAGUUCACUGUGAAAUGCCCGGGGACAAGGAAGUUGCUCAGGGCCUACAACUGUGGGUAAAUCUGAAAAAAUCUGACAAAAUGGUUGAACCAGCUUAUCAGGAGCUUAAAGACAAAGAUAUACCAAAGGGAGAGAAAAAUGGAGUCAAAGUAAAAGUUAUUGCUGGAGAAGCCUUCGGGAUUAAAUCACCUGUCUAUACUAGGACACCAACAUACUACUUAGACUUUCACAUGUCUCCUGGUUCUGAGUUAAAUCAACCUGUGCCUAAAGAAUGGAAUACCUUUGUUUACAUUCUGUCAGGAGAAGCUUGGUUUGGUCCAGAAGGUAAAGAAAAAUUGUGCAAAGCUCACCACACCACCACAUUCAAUAAAGAUGGUGAUUCCAUUCAUGCAAUAAAUAAGGGAAAAGAAGCGUGCCACUUUGUGAUAAUUUCAGGUCAACCCAUUGGCGAGCCAGUUGUGCAACAUGGCCCAUUUGUCAUGACUACCCAAGAGGAAAUUCAACAAGCAUUCCAUGACUACCGUAAUGGUAAAAAUGGAUUUGAGAAUGCAGCAUCAUGGAAUUCGGAUUAUGUGUGAUUGCUUAUGCGUUUAACCUAAUAUACAUAUCAAAUAAUAAACCAUGUAAUACUACUGUACAUAUAUAGCUUUUCUAAUUUAUGAAAAGAAGGCACAAAUAAAUUAAAUUGUAAUUCAUGGACAGUUGGGCAAGGUGUUAACUAUAUGACAUAGCCUACUUGUUCUGUCACUAGUAAGUGACCCACAUAAAGUGUUUUCAAAUUUUCUUUUUGAAUUUAUAAUGGCAAAAAUGUUAAUGUUUACUUUAUUUAUGUUUAGGAAUUAUGAUUCUGAUGUUUACUUUGUGUUUGAAUUUAAGUGUAGACUAUUUGAUAAUACCACUGUGUACAUUUUAAAAAUAUUUGUGGUUGUGUUGUUAUAUACUUAGGGCACAGUUAUUAGCCAUCUAUGAUAGUGGGGAUUUUUUCCUUUCUAUGCUUUCCAUUUUAUGAGGAAGUUUUGUGUAUUAUUUUUCUAAACAUGUGAUAAUAUAAUUUCUUAUAAUGCGCUAAUUUCAUCAGUUCAAAGUCAUAGCUCUACUUAAAAAUGCAUAAUCAGUAUAACAUAUCAUAUAUUCACCACCUAUGCCUUUCAAAUUACAUUUGUUUCAGCUAGUGGUUACCAGAUAGAUGAUAUCCAACUGUAAAAUGUUUUUUUAAAGAUGCUAGUUUUCUAUCAUCAUCUUACUUUACAAAUCAUACAAUUAGUAAUGGGUUUUUUCGCAAAUAAAAUUUUCAGGAACAGUUGCAAUUAUUUUUAAAAAUUAGACAGUUGUUUUUAAAUUACCAUUUAAAACUAGUAUCAUAGAGAUUGAUUAGAUGUUGGUUUUUGGUUGUUGUUUUUUUUUUAAUUACAUUGAAUUUUUUCAAUAAAGUGUUUUCAAAAGAUGGCAUGAUUUAUUUUUUAUCUGUGUUUUCCAGAACUGAUCUCACAUUUAUAACUCAGAUCUAUGUGAUUAUUGUUUUCUAACCUGUAAUUUGUUACCUUACAGAUUAUGUGUACUCAAUUUUUCAAAAGCAUGCAAUGCCAAGAGUAUACAAUUUUCCAGAUUCAUUUUCAUGAGCACAUUGGCCUACAUGUCAAAUAUUGUGAUCAAGAAUACUGGUAUUCAUAUUAGCUAUUCAGGGUUGUAAUUUUUUUUAAAUGAGCUAUGUUAAUUAUCAAUAUUUUAAUAUUUUAUUAAUUUAAUUGAAUACAAUACCAUUUUUGGGAUUGGAUUUAUGACAUUAUUUUAUUCUAAAUGAUAGUAUAGUUAAAAAGAUUUGUUUUUGUGAAGAUUUCUAAAUUAGUAAUGUAUUAUUACAAAUUAUGUCAAAAGAUAAAUGGAUGCUCUUUAUCAAAUGCAGUCUGCAUACAUUCAUCUUAACUGUCAACACAUAACCUUUGUUGAGUUUUUGUUUCACGCAGUUGUUCUACACUAGCCAUACUGGCCAGACCUUGUACUAAGAUUUCAGACAAACUUAUCUGUAAAGGGCCGUGACUUUUGUGCUAAUUAAGUAGCAUGUAUCCUGCGCUGACUGGGGUUUGGGAAUAUAUAAAAUAUCAAAUUAAAUGUUUAUAUGUCAAUAUGGAUGUUUGAGAAAACACAAACAUGAAUGCAAAUACUUGAACAAAGCACUGUGCUCCAUAAUCUAUAUUUUUAAUGAUGUAGACAAUACCCAUUUUGAAAUGUAGUCCUUUAAUAAAUAAAUGCUAGUUUUUAAAAUAUAUUUGUUGUUUAUGAAUUUGAGUAUAAUUUUUUUUUAAGAUUAUAUAGGACUGCUGUUUUAGUGACAUGCUUCCUUUACCAGUACAUUCCUUUCAUUUCUAAAACCCUUAAGUACUUAAUCAUAAAAUAGUUUGCUAAAUUACUGAAUCAUUUUUUAAAUUAAAAGAUCCCAAUUUA